AUGUCCCCCACAAUCAACGAAUACACCCUAGACAAGGUGGUGGAGAACACUACCAACAAUUCCAGUCGUAUGACCGUCAAGGAAUACAAGCGCAUAGGCGAAGGAGCAUUUGGAACCGUCGUCGAGGCCAAAUUGAGACAUACCGACGGACCCGAGGAAAACUGGCUUGGGCCGUUUGCCAUCAAAAGAGUGCCGGCGCAAACCGAAUACAAGAGCCGAGAAUUGGAAUUGUUGCGAGUGGUCAACCAUCCGAAUAUCGUCAGCUUGCGAUUCUUUUUCGAAAAACUCAGUCAAGAAGACAACAAGGUGUACCAGAACCUCGUGAUGGAAUGCUUGCCUUCCAACCUUCAAAGCGAGAUCAAGUAUUAUAGACAGUCUAAGUACACCAUCCCCUACCCACACAUGAAGGCAUACACGUUCCAGUUGACCCGGGCCAUGCUCUACUUGCAUGGAUUUGGAAUCUCGCAUCGUGACAUCAAACCUUCGAAUAUUCUCGUGGAUCCAUCAACGGUUACUUUAAAGAUCUGUGAUUUUGGCAGUGCCAAGAAGCUCGAGCCCAAGCAACCCAGUGUCAGCUAUAUCUGCUCGCGAUAUUACCGAGCACCUGAACUCAUUGUUGGGUGCACCGUUUAUACCACCAAAAUCGACAUAUGGGGCUUGGGAUGUGUGGUGGCGGAGAUGUUUCUCGGCAAGCCUAUUUUCCAGGGCCAAUCGCCCGAGCUUCAAUUGAAGGAGAUAUCGAAGCUUUUAGGUCCUCCUCCCAACAGUUUCUUCUUCAAGAGCAAUCCUCAGUACCGGGGCAGCAUGUACCAAACCAAGCUCUUUUCGUGCACGGUGCCGGAGAGGUUCCAGCAAAUCUUCAGCAACUCACCGCCAGACGCCAUUGACCUCUUGUUAAAAAUAUUGGUGUAUGACCCCGACAUGAGGGCUAGCCCGCGGAAAGUGUUAGUGCACCCAUUUUUCCAUGAAUUGAAGAAGGAUCAUUUCCAGGUAUACCCCCGGGGUUCGUCGCAACCCAUAACGUUGAAUAUGUUCAACUUUAGCAACUAUGAGUUGGAGCUAUUGGGUGAUUGUAAGGAGGAGUUGCUAUCGAGGUAA